AUGGUGAGGAUAUUACCAAUGGCUUCCACAUUGCGACCUUCCAUUUCGUCAUUUAGGUUUGCUGCUGCCUCUCGUUUGGCUCAUUCUCUCACUUCUUACACCCCUACUCGGAGGCUGCCUUCAUUUCAUCUCGGUUUUGCUGUUCCCCAGGCCCAAUUCUUUGGUCUAAACACUUCGAAGUUGUGGCAAAAGGAGCAUAAUAACACCAUAAGGGUGGCCAUAAAUGGAUCUGUAGCACAGGCUAGCACAACAACCAGUCCAGAAAAUAUUCUUGAGUGGGUGAAAAAGGAUAAGAGGAGAUUUCUUCAUGUUGUCUAUCGUGUUGGAGAUUUGGAGAGGACCAUAAAAUUCUACACUGAGUGCCUGGGUAUGAAGCUGCUACGAAAACGUGACAUACCAGAGGAAAGAUAUACAAAUGCAUUUCUUGGAUACGGUCCUGAAGAUGCUCACUUUGUUAUUGAACUCACUUACAAUUAUGGAGUUGACAAGUAUGAUAUUGGAACCGGAUUCGGACAUUUUGGUAUUGCAGUUGAAGAUGUUUCGAGGACGGUGGAACUUAUAAAGGCCAAGGGUGGAAAGGUUACCAGAGAACCUGGUCCUGUUAAAGGUGGCAGUACUGUGAUUGCCUUUAUCGAAGAUCCAGAUGGCUAUAAGUUUGAACUCUUGGAAAGGGGGCCUACUCCCGAGCCUUUAUGUCAAGUAAUGCUUCGUGUAGGUGAUCUUGAUCGAUCCAUAAAUUUUUAUGAGAAGGCUUUUGGCAUGGAAGUCCUUCGCAAACGAGAUAAUCCAGAUUAUAAGUACACGAUAGCAAUGAUGGGAUAUGGCCCUGAAGAUAAAAAUCCUGUACUGGAGUUGACUUACAACUAUGGAGUUACUGACUACGAAAAAGGCAAUGGUUAUGCCCAGAUUGCAAUAGGCACAGACGAUGUCUAUAAAACUGCAGAAGCAGUAAAACUUUAUGGAGGGAAGGUCACCCGAGAACCUGGACCAUUACCUGGUAUCAACACCAAAAUUACUGCAUGCUUGGAUCCUGAUGGUUGGAAAACGGUUUUUGUAGACAACAUCGAUUUUCUUAAGGAGUUGGAGUGAGAGAAUCAUGGAAUUAAUGCCUGCCAGUUCCGUGCCAGUUGAGACCCAAGCCCAGCUUGAAAAUAAUUCUUUAUGCUUGCGUCUAGCUUCGCGCUGAUUGAAUAUAGAAAUUGUCUGUAUAUGCCAUGAUGUCUUGAUAAUUUGCUAUUAGGCUUGCAUAAUGAUGAUCAAGUGUAUUUUAGGGUUUGAAAGGCUUACCUGCAUGAGUUAAAAUGAAUAAACUUACAGUUCUCUGUAAUGUUUAUUUAUUGAUUUUAACAGCAGAGCUGUGGCAUAAAAUUUUUGACACCCAACUUAAGUUUAGUUGUAUGGUUCAGAAUUCAAGUUCCAUUCCCCA